CUUCCUGUUCCUGGGUUGGUUAUUUCGCUCCCAAAAAUAACGCGCCAGUUUUUCUUCUGUUAUACGCGGGAUUAACGUAAUUUAAGAAGGCUCAGAAGGUAAAUAAUUUGUAAUGCACCACUAGAUUGUGUCAUCAAGAUGCACAAUGGGAUUUAUCUACAAACAAUGGCUCUGAAAAAGAAAUUAGUCACACUUCGUUGUUGCACAUUAAUUUCGGGAUACUCAAUAAUAAAUAAUUUCAUUCAGUGUUAUAGUCUAAAAAUAGCAAACUAUCAGGCUAUAAUUAUAGUUAUAGCCUACUGAGCUACUCCUACUUACUAUGAAUUAUUUCUUAACUAAGUAACUAGUCUUGCACUCCAAGGACUAUAGGCAUCAUAGGCACUACUUAGGCUUAGGUGACUUAGUCUUUCUAAGUCUAAACAAAUUGUGUGAUAACCCUUCCCGGCUUCCCACUCCCCUUUUUUUUCUCCUCAGAUGUGUGACAUCCUUUUAUUUUAAUGACAUAAUUUAUGGAUUUCCCCAUGAUAUUAUUGAUAUAUCUAUUUAUUGACUGAUCCCAAGACAGUCAAACCUCAUGUACAUACUAUUAAUCCAUAGUCUAUGGCAUAGACCAUACUCACUCCAUAGUCAUAGUUAACCCCCAAUCUUCUAUCAUAAUAUGAUCAAUUAUGGGUAGUAAGGGGGGAGACUGCAAUCAGGUUAGCACAAUAGGCAAUAGGAAAUUAGUAACACAAAGUAAGGUUAAACCUGAAAAAGGAACGCAACAAAACAACGAAGGUGUCAGCAGGAACCCUUCAUCAGUGAACAAACAAUAACAUUUUUAAAAUGGGAUGCGUUAUACAGUCAGCUGGGAAUUUAGCCAAAUAGGGUUUAUUACCGCUAGUUUGGCCAUUUAAAAAAAAGUAUUAUGCCAUUAUGCAUAAUUAGCUGCAUUCUGGGUUGUUUUGAACUAUAACUUUUAAUGUGUUUAACGUAAAAUGUUUAUUGAAUUAAUUUUAAUUAAUAUUGAAUGAUGGUAAUAGUAUUAUUGCUAUUAUUCGUAUUAUUGCUUGUACUUGUAUCUUAUAUAUUAUAAGUCAAAGUCUAAAUUUCUUAGAGUCCAAGACUAAGAGGAUGAUUAUGCCUUGAGACUUAAGGCAUUUCCAUGGUUUAAGUCUAGUUCUGUAUUCUGAUUGAUUAGGUUUUUAUAUGUUGCUAUGACUAUCUGGUUGGUUUUACUUUACUAAUUCAGGAAAUACAUUCUAUUUAUUUUUAAAAAAAUAUACCAUUUAUUUUUAUUUUAUUUUUGGUGACCUAAAUGUAACAGUUUUCAGCUUCCAUGCUAAACUAUAACUGUGUGAAAGUAUUAAUUACAGUGGCCCCCUCUACAGAACCCCCUGCCCCUACAGCUAUUUUUUUCUGCUAUUCUCCACCCCUGAUUAUAAUUACUGUACCAAAGAAACAUGUUUUUAUCUGCCACAAAAUUAGUUAACUACACAAAAUAUAUAUUAACAACAGAAAACAUAUAUUAUAAUUAAAAGUAUAAGAAUAACAUUAUUAACCUUACAUUGGUCAAGUUAAUUCUUAUCAUGUUUUAACAUUUUUUAGCCAAAACAAAAGUAAAACAAUAAGCCUAGCUGUUUUUGGUUUAUCCUCGAGAACAAACAUAACAACUAACACGUAUUAUGCAAUCUUGACUGGCCUUGGGCUGGAAUUGAACUCCAGACCACAAACUUGAGGUUUGCUCAUUUUAUACCAUUCGACCACCCAGUCACCCUGAUAACGAGGUACCUUUAUCGAUCGAUACUGUAACACAGGAGGUAUAUAGACCUCACAUGACUUGCCGACUGCAUCGAACUCUCAGGGUUAUAGGCAGUCGACUGCGUAUAACCACUUCGUUUAAAAAUAAAGAAAAGAGGAGAAGUAGAAGAAGUAAGACCACUGUGAUAGGUCUUGACGUGGAGGGGCGGAGCUAGGCUCAAGCUGUGAAUAGAGACAUGAUGUUCAUACCAUGUGGUAUCAAUGUGUGAUCGUGACUAGCACAAACACACCUAGCCGGGUAAAUUUGGAAUACAAGCUUAUCCUGACCUAUGGCACAUUGACACCACAUGGUAUGAACGUCAUAUCUCUAUUUGUAGCUGGAGCCUAGCUCCUCCACGUCACGCCCUAUGGCAGAGGACUUACUUCUCCUCUUUUCUUUCCCUCAUCCCUAUUUAAUCUCUCACUCACUUAUUUUCUGCAACAAUUCAUUUUCUGCCCUCUAGGAUACUAUCUGUCAUCUAAGUGCUAUAUUUUUAAAAUUUUAUUCUGUUCAUUGUUUUGUUGUGUUCCUUUUUUCAGGUUUAACCUUACUUUGUUUUACUAAUUUCCUAUAUGAUACAUCAUAUAUGUCUGUAUUACAUAUUAUUUUCACUAGUCUAAAGCCAAUCUGAUUAUAGUUAUAGUCUGCUGUCAUUUACUCUUGUCUAAAUUAAAGGCACAGUCUGUGUUAUAUCCCCAAAUGCAGGUUCUGGUUUGCAAUAUUUUGAUAUUGUUAUUGAGGAAUAUGCCUUGGAAUAAUGGAAAAUCUAUGUUAGAACUACUUUUAGCCUAUGUUUCUAAUAUCUAAUGAAGUAAUUAAAGAUAUUUAACUCAGAGCUAUUUACUAGUGUGAUUGAUUUUUUUAAACUCCAUUUUCAGAUUCUAAACGUAAUAAAAAUGCAGCUGAGUAGUGGUAUCAUUCUGGACAUUCUCAAUGGAUUGACCCCAGAAAGGCCAGUUCUUCAAGUUAUGAACACUAAGAAAAUUGUGACAGCGAAUACAGUGGACCGUUAUCGACUGCUAGUAUCAGAUGGUGAAUAUGUUUAUUCGCACGUCAUGUUGGGUGCUCAGCUCAACAGAGUGAUGGAGAACAAUGAAGUUACUAACUUCUCUGUUAUUGAAAUGACAAACUAUGUUUGUAAUACAGUGCAGGGAGAAAAGCGUGUUAUCAUUGUGUUGGACUUAAAAGUACUUGCAUCAGGUAGAAAUUUGAUUCAUUCAUUUACCUAUUUUAUUAUUAAUUUGUAUUGCCUGUUAAUUAGUAUUAUAGCAGGGUUUCCCAUAAAAUAAUUGGAAUAGGGGGUGGAAAAAAAAUGUGAUUAAAUAAUUAUAUAUAAUUAAAUAUCUACUUUUUUUGUAGUGGUGCAGAUUGAAGAACUCGAUUUUCUUUUUGUCCUUAAACAUUUCAUUCUUGAGUGAAUAACCACGUGGAGUAGUCUAUUUAUUGACUUUAACCCAUGACAAAAUAGCUUGCUGAAGUCAGAAGCACCAAGUAUUCUUGGUGAAACAAAAAAAAAAGUACUAUUAAAAAUGAGUCACAUAAGCUUAUUGAGUUUAACAUUUUUAUAUAUGAUCAGUUGAAACUUUCCUAACCAAACAGAGAAAAGCAGGAUAUUAAAAAGCUGGCCAGGGUUUUUUGGCACAUACGCAACAUUCCAAUUGGCCUCAGUUUUACAUUAUGGAGGGGAUGACUAUUAAAAGCAUAAAAUUCAAAAUUUAAGGUUAAUUGUCCUAUAUUUCCUUAAUCAUACUAAUUAUUUUUGCUCUAAGGCAAAAUUUUGUAGAAUCCGCGGGGUAAAGGGAUCAUAUUUGCAUAUAAAUAACUGAAGAACCCUAAAGGGAUCUUUUUUUAAAAGUAUUUUGAUAAAUUAUAUCUGCACUUCAGGGGAUGAAGUUGGCGAAAAGAUUGGAAAUCCUACAACUAUUAAUCCUGCUCAGAUACCCAGCCUCGCUAACAAGCCAAAAAUAGCAGAUCAAACUAAUGUGCCUGCUCAGCGUCCUGUAACAAAUGUAGGGUCAAAGCCACAAAGUGUUGAGCAUGGAAAGCCAACUGGUCCUGUGAGUAUUGACUUUGUGGUAGCUCUUAUUCUUAUUGAAAUUGUGUCAUUACUCACUUUGAUAUUUUUCAUUCCUCUUUUACAAAUAUGUAAGGGUUAAAGUCAGUUAAUUGAAUCUGCCAAUAUUUUUUUUUUAAUUAAGUGAUAUUAUUAAGGGAUUGGUAGAUUUUUUGCAAAGUCUUAUUUUAUUAUUUUUUUCCCAGUCUUCUGGACUAUCAGGCAAGUCAUUGCAAAUCAAACAGAGCUCCACCCCUACAACACCAACAUCACGCGUUCAUUCCAUUUCCAGCCUAACACCAUACCAAAAUCGCUGGCGCAUCAGAGCCAGGGUCACCAUGAAAUCUAACAUCCGCACGUGGAACAACUCUCGGGGCGAGGGGCGGCUGUUCAAUGUCAAUCUCCUUGAUGACAGUGGGGAGAUCCGAUGCACUGGGUUCAAUGAUCAGGUGGGCAAAUACUACGAUAUGCUGGAGGUAAACAACGUUUAUUACUUCUCCAAAUGCACUCUGAAGACUGCCAAUAAGCAGUACUCCAACCUGAACUGUGAAUAUGAGAUGACCAUGAAUCCAGAAACUGUUAUAGAGCCAUGCAAUGACACAACUGAUCUUCCUGUGAUUACUUUUGACUUUGUGAAAAUCUCUGACCUAGAGAAGGCUCAGCCCAACGGCAAUGUAGAUGUCAUUGGUGUUGUCAAAGUGUGCAAUGAUGUUGGGACCGUCAUCGGAAAACAGUCCCAAAAGGAGAUCACAAAACGAGAUCUUCAGAUAGUUGAUGAGUCUGGUGUGGCAGUGAAUAUGACCCUGUGGGGAGAGGAUGCAGUUAAGUUUGAUGGUCAAGGUUACCCGAUUGUGGCGGUCAGAAGUGCUAAGGUGUCAGAAUUCCAUGGGCGCUCUCUUUCUGUGACCUCAGGCAGUCAACUGAUGAUCAAUCCCGAUAUCAAAGAAGCCCAUUUCUUGAGAGGGUGGUUUGAAAGCAAGGGACGCGAGUUGAAUUUCAACACCUUUCAGGCUGAAGGAGGAUCUGCUGGUGGCGGUCAUUCAUCAAACUGGAAGAAUUUUGGUCAGGUGAGUUGUCAGUUAAGUUGUUUCGAUCUGUAUUGUUGUCUCCUAUAUUUAUUUUCAGGAUCAGGGUUUUAUACAGUCCCUACUGAUAUUAUUUUAUUACAUGUAGUUUUAGAUUACCGGUAUCGAUUAUUGAUUUUCUGCAUGUGAAAUUUAUUAAAUUUUUUGCUGCCAAGUAUUAUGAUAAUUUGUAUCCAUAAAGAGGAAUUUGGACUAGUAGUAUCAAAGAUAAGUUUGUUGAAGACUAAAAUAUCUGAAUGAAGUUGAAAUUGAAUUCUUUACAGCAGAUGUUUUAAAAUGUUUUUUAUCUUUAGGUGAAGUCUGAAAAUCUUGGGCAGAGUGAUAAAGCAGACUACUAUACGGCUAAAGGUACUGUAGUUUUUGUCAAGAAGGACAACUGCAUGUACCAGGCAUGCCCAACAGCAGACUGCAACAAGAAGGUUAUCGACCAGGGAAAUGGUUUAUACCGCUGUGAGAGGUGCAACAGAGAAUUCCCCAACUACAAGUGGAGAAUGAUCUUAAGUGCGAAUGUUGCAGACCACACAGACAAUCAGUGGAUCACCUGUUUCCAAGAGUCGGCUGAAGCCCUGCUGGAAAUGAAAGCCGACGAGAUAGGGGAACUGCGUGAAAAAGAUGAGACCCAGUUUGACCAGGUCAUGCAGAACGUCCUUUUCAAACAAUUCACAUUUCGCAUGCGUGCUAAAGUUGAAAAGUACAAUGAUGAGAGUCGACUCAAAACUGUAUGCGUUACAGCCACCCCAGUUGACUGGAAAGAGUAUGGUAAUUUGCUUGUGGAGCGAUUGGCACAGCUGGGUAUUUAAACGUUUUAUAUACCUUGUGGUUUUUUCAGUUAAAGCAAACUGCACUCUUUGAAAUUUUAAAGCUGCAGAUGUAUAUAUUAUAGCACUGCUAUUGCUAUUAACAACAGCCAUGUUGUUUUUUCAUCUGAUCAGAGGUUCGAGACUGUUGAAUCUUGACUUGACCCAACUUUAUAUGACUGACCCAACAAUCU